AUGACAUAUACAACUGCUGAAACAAACGCAAAUUUAACUAUUGCCAAAUCUAUGUCAGAAUGGGCCCUUGCUUUUAGGUUAGUUGACGCAAAAGUAUGUCUCAGUUCUGCAGAGCAUAUCUCAUACCCAUAUGCAAACAAGAGCAGCAAAAUUAAAGUAAUACUUGACAUAAAUACGCCAUAUCCUCCAAGGUUUAAAUUACAAUUGGUGCAGGCUUUGUACUCUGCAACUUUAUCUUCAUUCAUAGCAGAAUAUUUAAAUCCCAAGGUACUUAUGACUACUGAUGGAAUAAAUCCGAUUGUUGUGAGAUAA